AUGGCCGCCCAAGUGAUGGAAGCAGUAGCCGAGAACGCGACCAAGGUCGCAACACAACUCUUCAUCGACAACCCAUACUAUCCCAUAGGCUCCCACAUCGCCAAUUACGCUCCAAACGAAUGGGCUGUCCCAGCUCUCCUGGGUGUCUUCUUUGGCGCAUGCACAGUCCUCUUCUCUUCCACCUACGUUGUCGCUAAAACUAUACAACCGACCUUGCAACGCGGUGAACUGCUCACAAUCAUGUGGUUCGUCCUCUCCGGCUCUAUUCACAUGUUCUUCGAAGGCUAUUACGCCUACAACUUCGCGACCCUCGGCAGCAAGCAAACCCUCAUCGCCCAGAUGUGGAAAGAAUACGCAUUCUCGGACUCUCGGUACCUCACUCAGAAUUCCUUGGUGCUCUGCAUGGAGACAGUCACGGCGGUUUGUUGGGGUCCUGGAUGUCUCAUUGUGGCUGCGAUGAUCAUGAAGAGACAUCCAAUGAGAUUCCCACUUCAGAUGAUCGUGUCCAUGGGUCAACUUUACGGAGACGCACUGUACUAUGCUACGAGUUUUUUUGAUCACUACGUUAUGGGCGUGAGUUAUUCCAGGCCGGAGGCGUUUUACUUCUGGGUUUACUUUGUCUUGAUGAACUUCUUUUGGAUUGUCAUUCCGGGUUGUAAGUACCUAUGUCUUCGUUCGUUGAGAUUUACGCUGACCUAGCAUCUAGUCCUAAUCUGGCAGAGUACGAUGGAAACAUCACAAGCUAUUGAGACCUUACAGAGGCUCGACCAGGGAAAGAAAAGCAGAUAG